GAGCACCAUGGCUACAACCGAUGGACGCAUCGACAUCGAGGUCGACAUCAAUAUCAACAUGAUCAUCAUUAUCAAUAUCAGUAUUAUCACCACCGCCGCCAGUACCACGCCCCUCACAAGGAUUUUCGCCCGGAAUUGGCGGUUUCCUUUACAGCGGAGAUUCCYAACUUUUGGGAAGACAGUCGUGUCUUGGACUGUCUGAAUUACCAGCUCGCGUGGGACAGCCGCAAUCGCACAUCGAAGCCAGUGGUGAUCUGCAGGCGGAGCUCAACCGUUAACGAAAGGGAAGUGGAGUAUUACGUCGAACUGUACGACGAGAAAAUCAGAGAAAUAUUCCUGGAACUCAACGGUGUCAACAUUCGUUCCGGAUCGUUGGUGUUCCGCCCUCGGAUAGAGCCGUGGCAAAACGCAGACCAGCAGCAGCAAGAACAACAUCAACAACAAGAACAGGGAUCGCACUCGUCGCAACGCAGAGACGAGUCUGUUGAAAAAAACAGCAGUAGUAUUGCUAGUCUAAACAAUAACAACAGUGGGAAUAUGCAGCAGGAUUCUCCGGAAGAUGAAAAACAGAAUGACAAAAAUGAUGCGAUAAAAUGGAACACAGAUCCCGAAAAAAGUGGAGACGACAUGUCUAUGGGUAGUGACAGCAGUAGUAUAAUUGCUAGUAUUGACAAUGACAAAAACAGGAACUCGCGGCAUGAUUGUUCGCAAGAUGAGCCAAAAGACAUUAAUAAUGAAAUAAUUGAAAGGAAGAUUGAUAAAGAAAAAGAUAGCGACGGUUCUAGCGAGAGACCUUCAAAGCGUGCCAGGACAACAUCCCUUUCAGAACAAAACACCGAAGAUACCUCAUCUACUUCCACAUCUGCUGAUAUAAUAUCUACAGGACAAGAAGUGCACGCAAAUAAGAUAAAUGCUUCUAGUAACGCUCCCGAUGCUUCAUCGCCACGAUUGAAAAGAAAGAAAAGUAUCGAAAACAGCAAUUGCAAAUUACUUCUGACAACCAUGCCGAAUAAAUACAAUGCAGAGUCKUUUCGGAAGUAUUUAAACAGCCACUUGAUAGAUACAAAGAUAGUCGAUGAYAUCAGCAGCGAAUYACCCAUCUUAGAAUGCUACUGUGACCGCGACAAUUGGGUAUUGACGACAAGGACGGAAGAAAUUAGAGACAUCAUCAUGAAUUCCGUCAGUGGCACAUUAACUCUCACUGGAACAAAAGUUUACUUCAAACGACACCCAGAAUACCAUUUUUCAAGAGAAGGUACUAGCAAUAAACGUCAUCGCAUUCCAUCAUCACCAUCUCCAUCACCAACAUCAUCGCAAUCGACCGGGUGCAGAAACAAUAGAGAAGACAUGACUCAGUCGUUGCCACUCCCGUCUUGGAGCAAUGUGGACUGUAUAAUCCAUGCGUCAAAUAAGUCAAAAGACGUGUCAUGGCAAGAGGUCGCUUCCUUUAUCAUAUGCUACAUCAGAGGAUAUACCACUCUUGCCAACGAAGAUGUGAUCAUCGACACAGCCAGGUUCACACCGAUUGAAGAGAMGCAGAGCUUUCUUUGCAGCUCCGCAGUCGCGGCCCAAACUAUUGUCACCAAAAUCAACGGGAUUGAUCUGAGAGGCUCUAAACUCUCACUGAACCGCCAUCCGAAGUUUCGGCAGGAUGUUCCACCAGUCGACACCGAUACAAACGAUCCUACGAGACCGAUUAUGGACGAAUKCCCGGGUAGCAGAGGGAGCACUAAAGACGACGAUCUUGCUUCUGUUGAAGAAGGUGAGAUGAAAAAAACACAGCAAGAUUCAYCACUUAGACGAGGAGAAAACGAUAAGACACAGAAGGCAUCGGACAACUCCUAUGAUAAAAGUCCACCAAUCGCUCAAUCGGAAGAGCGACAGUGGCAAGCAAUAGAUACAGAACUAACAAUGUUGAACGAAAAUGAAGAAGAAAGAAGGUGCGACGCUGAACACAACAAUGUAAACCCUCUCGCUCAGGAUGCAAUCAUUCACUGUACUGCUGACCAACCGAUUGAAAUGGGGCUAUCGAAUGACGAACGAUCUAGAAAGAUAUCUGGUAAAACUGAAUAUGACAAAAUUAAAAGCCAGUACGAUACUACAUUGUUGGAGCUUGAAAAGUCAAAGAUUGAAAAUAUUCGAAAAGAUAAACAGAUAAUCAUUUUGAAUAAUAUAAGUCAAGUAAUUGAAAAGCGGAUUGAAAGUGAGAAAAAGGAAGCAAAAGAAGACUACGAACGAAGAUUACACGAGAUCCAGCUCAAAAAGAAAGAACAAAGUCUUAAGAUCGAGGAACAACAAGAGAUAAUCCAAAAUUUGAAGGCUGAUGCCGAAAAGGCACGUAAUGAGAUCAAAGGACUCUAUUCAAAACUGCAAGGCCUCCAAGGUAGAUAUCAGGAGAUGACGGAUGCAMUGACUUGUGCAACAAAAAUGUGUGAAGAGGAGAGGGAGGCUAGAAGACAAUUAACCGUAGAUGUCAUUGGGUUCAAGAAGGCCAAGAAAGCAGCAGAAAGAAAGCUCAAGGCCCUCAAGAGUCUUGCUGACUCGAAAGGGACAGUUGGUGCUAAGGGUGGAGAUUUGGAACUCGACUCAGAAGAACCUACCGCUAAAGAAUUCAAGUCUCGUGCUCUUUCAGUUGGUGAUGUUGUCCUUGCUAAUAGCACACAAUUGGGGUACAAAGAUAAGCUGAUCAUCACUUCGGUUAAUCCUAACGGCACAUAUAGAUCAAGAGAUUUUGUGACUCUGCGAAAAAGAAAGACAUUACUGAAAGAGUCAGACAUUAUUGAAGUCSUUGGAAAAGAAUCCGAGUACGUAUCAUAAGUCGCAAUCAAAACACGCACGGUCU